CUCAGACCUUCACUGUCACUGAGAGCUGACAUGGCACAGCGAGGAACUCAGCUGGACUCGUCCAAAUUCUGCUGUUCCAUCUGUCUGGAUCUGCUGAAGGAUCCGGUGACUGUUCCCUGUGGUCACAGCUACUGCAUGAGCUGUAUUCAAAGCUGCUGGGAUGGAGAGGAUCAGAGGAGAAUCUACAGCUGCCCACAGUGCAGAGAGACCUUCACCCCAAGGCCUGUCCUGGUGAAAAACACCAUGUUAGCAGAGUUAGUGGAGGAGCUGAAGAAGACAGAACUCCAAGCUGCUCCUCCUGAUGGCUGCUAUGCUGGACCUGGAGAUGUGGCCUGUGAUGUCUGCACUGGGAGGAAACUGAAAGCCCUCAAGUCCUGUCUGGUGUGUCUGGUCUCUUACUGCCAGCAGCACCUCCAGCCUCACUACGAAGUAGUCCAGUUAAAGAAACACAAGCUGGUGGAACCCACUGUAAAACUUCAGGAGAACCUCUGCUCCUGUCACGAUGAGGUGAUGAAGAUCUUCUGCCGCUCUGAUCAGCAGUGUAUCUGUUAUCUCUGUGCCAUGGAUGAACAUAAAGGCCAUGACACAGUCUCAGCUGCAGCAGAAAGGACCAAGAGGCAGAAAGAGCUCGGCGAGAACCGCAAAAAAAUCCAGCAGAGAAUCCAGGACAGAGAGAAAGACGUGAAGGUGCUUCAGCAGGAGGUGGAGGCCAUCAAUUGCUCUGCUGAUAAAGCAGUGGAGGACAGUGAGGAGAUCUUCACUCAGCUGAUCCGUUUGGUUGAGAAAAGAAGGUCUGAUGUGAAGAAGCAGAUCAGAUCGCAGCAGAAAGGGGAAGCGAGUCGUGCUGAAGAAGUUCAGGAGAAGCUGAAGCAGGAGAUCGCUGAGCUGAGGAGGAAAGACGCUGAGCUGGAGCAGCUCUCACACACAGAGGAUCACAUCUAUUUCCUGCACAGUUACCCCUCGCUGUCACGUCUCAGUGAAUCUACACACUUUCCCAGCACCGAUAUCCAUCAUCUAACCCACUUUCAGGAUGUGACUGCAGCUUUGACAGAGCUCAGAAAUAAACUGCAGGACCUGCUUAGUGAGGAAUGGACUAAGAUCUCACUGACAGUGACUGAACCAGAUGUUUUACUGCCACAACCUGAGCCCAAAACCAGAGCAGAGUUCUUACGGUAUUCAUGUCAAAUCACACUGGAUCCAAACACAGCAAACAACUACCUGGCAUUGUCUAAGGGAAAUAGAAAAGUAACAAGUUCAAGGGAACAACAGUCAUAUUCUGGUCACCCAGACAGAUUCACUAACUUCUGUCAGGUCCUGAGCAGAGAGAGUCUGACUGGACGUUGUUACUGGGAGGUGGAGUGGAGGGGAGAAGUUUCAAUAGCAGUUGCGUAUCAGGAUGUGUGCAGAACACGGAAUGAAAGUCUAUUUGGAGGUCCUGUGGCCUACAGAGUGGGAGUGUACCUGGAUCACAGAGCAGGUAUUCUGUCCUUCUACAGCGUCUCUGAAACCAUGACUCUCCUCCACAGAGUCCAGACCACGUUCAGUCAGCCUCUCCAUGCUGGAUUCGGUUUGUAUUGGACUGGAUCCUCUGCUGAGUUUUGUGAACUAAAGUAGACAGAAGUUAUGGAAGCAGCGAUGUGUGAGAAUCUGUUGUUUCAGUUUUGUUUAGUUUUUUUUUUUUUUUUUUUUUUUUUUUAAUUAAUUUAAAUCUCCAUCUUUGUUGCUUAUCUCUGUGGUGUGUUUGCAGUGCACCUCCCAGAGGUCACCUUUGCUUUUUUAAUUUUUGUGUGGACAAUAUGUUGAUUCAACUUUUCUGCUAUACAGAAAAGUAGAAAACAGGCCAACAGACCAGACAGUGUCAAAGGGGAAGGCACACACAGAAGAAACACAGAGCUCACU